AUGUUGACCAUGCAAAGGAAAUUCGGUCGAAUGACCACCAAGCGCACGGCCGAUGAUAGUCAGGUCGCCGUGCUCUUGAAGGAUUUUGAAGAUGCCGAUACUCUCUUGUCCAAGAUCAUUGACUCCACCAACGCCUGGCGAGAUGCUUGGGUUUCCAUUGCGACCUUUCAGAGUCGCAUGGUCGAUGAAUUUGAUGGUCUCUAUGCGCCUAUCGCGAACUCCUCGGAGACCCCGACCCAGAGACAAGCGUUCAACACACCUCCCGCCAUCCUGGCCCGCACCAAUAGAUUGCGCCGCGAAUAUGACGAGCUGCGCACCGACAUGAUGCAGGAGCUUACUGAAGUCGACUCGCGGAUGAUACGUCCCGCUGCAUCGGCGAAGGACUUUUUGGCCCCAGUGAAGAAGACUAUCAAAAAGCGGAAUGAUAAAAAGACCGACUUUGAACGGUAUUCGAGCAAGGUUGAUGGACUCAUCCAUAAAACGAAGCGCUCCGAACGCGAUAAUGCCGCCCUCGCCAAGGCAGAGGCCGAUCUUGUUACAGCUAAAGAGAUCUAUCGCGCCGCAGAUGAAGAUCUGUGCCAGCGUCUCCCCACGCUCGUCUCCCUCCUCUUCUCUUUAGUCCCAUUCAUCCUGGACGCCCAGAUCCAGAUCCAACACCGCAUGCUAGCACUCUACUACACCGUGCUAAAUGCCUACUGCGAAGAGGAAGGCUUCCCCUCCCCACCCCCACCCAUGGACCACGUAAUCCAAGACUGGGAACUCGCCCAAAAGCCCUCCCAAAGCGACGUCGAAACCCUCGGCAUCCUCGCACAUGCCAAAUCCAUCCGCCAAUCCAACGAAGCCCAAGAAGGCCAGGGUCAAUCCAAACGCCCCUCCCUGGGCGGGCGCAGUAUCACAAACCUCUCCAUAACCUCAAGAGGCAGCAAUAUCCGCAGCCGCAGCAAAUCACCCGCUCCACCUACGCUAAGACCAAAACCAAGCUUCACCCGCCCCGUCUCCCGCUCUUCAUCAAUAAACACUUUCACCCCCAGUAUCUCCGCUGCAAGUUCCUCCGGGACAGCACUCACUUCAAGAAGCGACUACUUCACUGCCCCCGUCCCCGAAGAACCAAUCCCAACCAACUACUACAAACGCUCCCCCAGCCCUCCCAUGCCCGUGCUUAAAACCAAACCAUCAAUCCAAUUCUCUCCCGCGGGUCCGAAAAUCGAUCAUCAUCAGACAUUCAUCUCGCCUGGAACGACAGAUCCCCUGGCCAGUUUGGCAGGAAAGAAGAAGCGUCCCCCGCCUCCUCCACCUGCUAAGCCUGCGAAACCGCCCCGUCCCACUACGACAUUCAUGACAGCCAUGUAUGAUUUUGGUGGACAGGGGCCUGAUGACUUGGCUUUCCGUGAAGGAGAUCGCAUUAAGCUUGUAAGGAGGACGGAUAGUACGGAUGAUUGGUGGGAGGGGGAUUUGAAUGGUGUUCAGGGAUUCUUCCCGGCGAAUUAUGUGAAGUGA